AUGCCGAGCUCGUUGAUUGCGCUGCUCGUUUUGAUUGGUCAUACCCAUCAUGUGGUCACACAGUCUGGCAAGGAUGCAACAGAUCUUAACGAGCAGUUGUUUCGGAAUGACUCAUACAACAAAAAGAUUCGUCCUAUCGACAAUCAAUCCCAUGCCAUAGAUGUUUAUGUAAAUCUUUACCUGCUGGCAAUAAACGACAUAAGCGAGACAGACCACCUUAUCACAACCACAGCGUUCCUGUCCGUUAGCUGGAAUGACUCGUUUCUGAAAUGGGAACCGAACGAAUUUGGGGGAAUCAAGUUCUAUCAUUGGCCACAGAAUGACGUUUGGAAACCGGACAUCGCGCUCCACAACUCACAUCUGGAUUACAAAGGGCUUGGUGAAGAGACACUGAACGUUCUGAAUAUACAUACAGGCGCGAUUUACUGGCAUCCAUUUCAGGUGUUUCGAUCCUCGUGUUCAAUGGAUAUCUUCUACUUCCCAUUCGACUACCAGACAUGCUUCCUUAGAUUCCAGGCAUGGAGUUAUUCAAGACGACAGGUGAAUAUUGAUAGUGGCUACAAAAAUUCCAAAGGGUUCUAUCUCGACUACUACAAAACCAACUCCGAGUGGGACAUCGACAACACUAGUUGGCACAUCUAUCGAGACAAACAAGACGCGGCAAUAAACUUCAAAAUAACUCUGAAAAGAAAACCUAUGUAUUUCAUGAUGUCAAUACUAUUGCCAAUAUGUAUGCUAUCUAUUUUGAACAUCUGCGUGUUCGUUAUACCUGUCAACUCUGGAGAAAAGGCGAGCUAUGCUGUCACAGUCUUCUUAUCCUUUGCCGUGUUUUUGACAAUAAUUUCGGACACCUUUCCAAAAAACUCCGAAUCAAUCCCCUUAUUCACGACUUUUCUCGUCAUGCAAACAACGGUUAGCGCAAUCACAACUAUACUUGCUCUCGUCUUAUCUCGAUUGGAAAGCUUUGGAGAUGCAAAAGUUCCAGGACUUCUUGUAAAGCUAAUGAAAAUGAGGAGUUGUCGCCCACGUCGAUCACGUGGUAACAGGACCAGUUGUCGCCCAUGUCUAUCGCGUGGUAACAAGAGCAAAGUUCAUGUGAUCGAACCAACGGAGGACGCAGAAAAUUCAACGGACUCUCUUAAGAAUGACCAUACUGUAAAAGUUGAAUGGAAAGAUGCUGUAAACUUUUUAGACUUCGUGUUUUUUGUACUAUUCUCGGUUAUGUUAAUUGUUUCGAUUAUCACGUUCUUGUACUUUGCCGCUUCAAAAGGUAAGGUGUAUAACGAAGAAUUCAACUACACAAGCAAUGGUCAGUACGAGCAACAUGAUAACAGCGGACAUGGCAGUGGAAAUGACGGUGGACUUGACAGCGGACAAGACAGUGGACAUGGUAGCGGACAUGAUGAUGGUGGUCCACGGUUAAAGUCCUGUGCGGAUGGUGUACGGACAGUUUAUGGAAAGUUUACCAAAAGGCCAUCGGGAUCAGAGAGGGAGAAGUGUAUCAUGAACAAACUGUCUUUCCUGUCCAAGCAUAUCUACAGGGUGCCUAGUCGUAGUGGAAUCGAUCUGAUGGCCAAAUUUCGUGAGCGACAUCCAUAG